AUGUCUGUAAGAAGUCCUUCCGAGAAAUCGAAAGAUGAAUCGGAUUUCAAAAAUGUUAAUGCAAAAGAAACAAUCAGUAAUAUUGAAUCUAAUAAAAGUAACAUAUUUGACGUUUAUACGACUAUUUUUCGACUUAUUAUUGUACACUGGAUACCACGUGUUUGUCUUUUGGAAGAGGAACAAAAAGAGAAGGAACUGGACAAUUUGAUUUUACCCAGCAACACUCAAUGGCGCCAUCAAGUUUAUUACAAACUGGUUGAAUUACAACGAGAAAGAGACGUAGAAAUAACUGAAUUCGAAAGAAAGGAUGAAAAGGGAACGAAAUUAAAGGAUCCCCAAGAUUACGAAUGGAGUCCAGGAAAAUUCGAACGAAUCGUUAAGGCCAAGAUAUUGAAGGAAGAAAAUUCGAGUAGUUUGCUUGCAACAUUUAGUUCCAAUGGUUCUAUGACGGAAACUUACAUCGAACCGGGAUGGCGAAUCGAAGAUAUUUUGUUGGCAGCUAAAGUUCUUGAAAAUAAGGAAGAGAGUCAACCUUUUUAUACCAACGAAGCUGAGAUGAGACGUGUAUUUGGACUUGUAUACGAUGUUUUACGGUAUAAAAAUGUUUUAGAUUACGUUCUGCAAGAUAUUGGAUUCUGGUCGCGUAAUCAUGGAUUAAAAAAUCGUGAAAGGAUCGUCUGGUUAUUGUUGUACGAUAUGCAAGGGAGAAAGUUUUCCAGACGCAGUGAUAUCGUUACUACCAAGACACGAGAUCAAAUUUUUAAGGCAAUUGGUUUGAAAAACAUCGAGAAUGCUUUAUUAGAAGUUAGAACACAUUUGGCAGCCAGUAUGUCUCGUUUGCGAAUAGCUGGAUCAGCACUUACACUUGAUAAACUAUUGCCGAAACAUUUGCGUACUGGCGAAGGUAUUGUUUGGUCUGAAGAAAGUGCUAUUGCUUCUGGUUGGAUUAACACAUUUAACGGUAGCAUAAGUAAAAAAGAAUUGAUCAAGGAAUUAUCAAAUAAGGUUCAAUUAGAAUUAUGUGAAAAUUGUGAGGUUGCUGAAUUGGACGAGAAUAUUUAUGUUUUCGAUUCGUUUUGUCCAAAAGUAAUAAAUAUACACGAGAAGGCACGCGAGAGGGUUGCUUGUUCCAGUCUCGUUCGUGAACAUCGAUUUAUAUUUUUGGAACGAUCGUUAUGCCUUGGAGCAGCUGCCAUAGCUGAAGCUAUGCGAAUAGGUCGAUUAUGUGGUCCCGUAGUUUUAACUCAUUCGAUAGCACCACGUCAUACGGGAUAUUUAGCGGAACUUUUGUCAAGUAUAGAAGGUGCUGGUAGACUUUUAGCCUUUGGCACAGGUGAUCGUCGUUACGAAUACGAGGAUUAUUUAAAAAAGCUUGGAAUUACUUUGCAACAAUGUCGAGUAUUCUCGGAAAAAUAUAUUUCCCCACCCCCAUCGGUUGAAAUAGAUAGAGCUACUGUUGUUUUAGCUACACCACCAUCCAGUUACAUAGGAGUCAAGGAUAUUGUUGAUCUCGUAGUUGCUCGUGGUGGUGAUACCAAUUUAUUAGAAUCGUUAACUAAUACCGACGACGAACUUUCCAAAACUCGUGCCGUUUUAACCGAACAAUUGACUACUUUAAAGUACGCUUUAACAAGACCUAACGUGCAAUUUCUAAUUUACGAAGUUCAUACUGUUUUACCAGCUGAAACAACUAAAAUGGUACAACAAGUUGUAGAUUAUGCCAAUCAAUUGGCUACGGAAAAAUAUAUUCAUGAAUGUUUGGUACCGAAAAGCGAUUUAUUCGAAAUUCGAAGUUUCGAAGAAAUCUAUAAUAGGAAUAGUACUAAGACAUUAGAACCAGGAUGUUUUAUGGCUGUGAUUAAGCGAAAAGAAAUGAUGCAAUUUGAUUCUUUGUUUAUGAUCAAAGUAGCAGAAUCUAAGGGCCUUUUUGGUGACACGAACAACGAACAAAGUACGUCGAAACCGAUCGUAACGACGACCCAACCAUUAAUUGUACCUGCUCAGCGUGUUAAACGUAAGACGUCCGGUACGACUUGCGAUAUCCUUGCAAAACCUAUGGAUUCUCUUCUUCGGUCAUUUCCAAAGCUUCAAUCGAUUGCUGAAAUUUCAAAAAGUUUGAACAAUUAUAAAGAACAGAUGGAAAAUAUUAAAGAUAAACGAAUAUUCUCAGGUUUCACUUACAUUAAGGAUAAAACAAUCCCUCGCAAAUAUCGGAAGGUCACCAGUAAAGUGUUUUUACCUUACAACGUGAAAAGUAAUACUUUACGACAACGAUCGAUAAAACAAGGAAGAUCCGAUAUAUUCGAUAUUUUACAAGUAUCAGAAAGAAACGUUAGGGAUCAAUCUAAUUCUUCGAAUAACCAAUAUCAUGCUGUUUUAUCAAAAAAGCAAGAAGUUAGUGACAAGGAAUCACAAAGAUUUUUAUCGAGUACAGCAUUAAGAAAAUCUGCAUUGAUAAGGGCAACCCAACGUACCUCUUUUGAUAAUGUUCUUAUGGAACAUGAUAAACGAUAUCAACAAACUUAUACAAAUCUUGGAAGAAUUUUUAAUCAUCAUUCGAAUUCUAUUAGAAAUCUAUGGCAAAUUCCAUUAAAAAGUACUUUAGAAACUGUUCUUGAACAUACAACCGAAAUUCCAUAUUUUUUUCACGAUAAUACGAUGUCAGAACACAAUCAAUCGAAUAUUAAACAUAUUUUAAAAUAA